AUGGAGGCUGAGAACCACACCAUCGUGACAGAGUUCAUCAUUUUGGGGCUGACACAGGACCCUACACUGUGUGUAGUCUUUUUUGUGCUAUUUCUAGGCGUGUAUGUUGUCACUUUAGUAGGCAAUAUCAGCAUAAUUGGUCUAAUUAGAAUUUCUUCUCAGCUCCACACUCCCAUGUACCUGUUCCUUAGCCACCUGGCUUUUGUAGACAUUGUGUAUUCCACAUCAGUUUCGGUUAUAAUGCUUAUGGAACUGCUUGGGCAUGGACUGGCUUUCCCUGUGGCUGGCUGUGAAGCCCAGCUCUGUAUAACAGUGUCGUUUGGGUCAGCCGAAUGCUUCCUGCUGGCUGCCAUGGCCUAUGACCGCUACGUGGCCAUCUGUUCUCCUCUGCUCUACUCUACACAUAUGUCCUCUAGCAUCUGUUUUUUAUUAUUGGGAACUUCCUACGUGGGUGGUUGCAUGAAUGGUUGGACAUUUACUGGUUGUUUGUUUAGUCUGUCUUUCUGCGGACCAAAUCAGAUAGAUCACUUUUUCUGUGACUUCUCCCCUUUGUUGAAACUUUCGUGCUCAGACGUUUCCAUUGUUGGAAUCAUCCCCUCCAUCUCUUCUGGCUCCAUCAUUGUGAUCACAGUGUUUGUCAUAGCUGUCUCCUACAUCUACAUCCUCAUCACCAUCCUGAAGAUGCGUUCCACUGAGGGCCGCCACAAGGCCUUCUCCACCUGCACUUCCCACCUCACUGCAGUCACUCUCUAUUAUGGAACAAUCACCUUCAUUUAUGUGAUGCCCAAGUCCAACUACUCCACUGAACAGAACAAAGUGCUGUCUGUGUUCUACACAGUGAUGAUCCCUAUGUUAAAUCCCCUAAUCUACAGUCUGAGGAACAGAGAUGUAAAGGAUGCCCUGAGGAAGGCAACUACCAGAUUAUAUUCAUAG